AUGGCAGCUUAUGCGUCCGUGAGGCAUAUCGCGAGGCUGCCUCGAUGCAAUGGUUACCACACCUUGAUACGCCGUCUGCAGACAGCAGCCGCUAUUCCCCCCCGCAUCCCUGAGUUUGCGUUCGCUUUCGAUAUCGAUGGAGUCCUUCUGCGGAGCUCUGAUGCGCUACCUCGCGCACACAAGGCCCUCUCGUACCUCCAGUCGCAGCGCAUCCCCUUCAUUCUUCUCACGAAUGGCGGCGGCAAGCACGAAGCAGAUCGAGUGGCCGAUCUGAGCAACAAGUUAGGCGUGCCUAUUGAUACCACCAUGUUCAUUCAGAGCCACACGCCCUUUGCCGAUUUGGAUCAUCUCAAGGACAAGACAGUGAUGGUCGUGGGUGGAGAAGCGGAUAAGUGCAGAACAGUCGCCGAGGCGUAUGGAUUCAAGACAGUGGUCACGCCGGGCGAUGUCUUAGCAGCAUAUCCUGACGUCUGGCCAUUCUCCCAACAGCUACUCCCGUACUACGAGAGCUUUACGCGCCCGCUGCCUGCCCCCAUUAACUCCGCCUCCCCGUCUACGUCGCUCCGUAUCGAUGCCAUAUUCGUUUAUAACGACCCCCGUGACUGGGGCUUAGAUUUGCAGAUUAUCAAAGACGUCUUGCUAUCCAAACAGGGCAUAUUCGGUACUCUUUCCGCGAAGAACGGUGAUACUGCCUUGCCAAACCAUGGCUAUCAGCAAGAUGGGCAGCCGACUCUCUAUUUUUCGAAUCCUGACCUAUUGUGGGCUGCGAAAUACCACCUACCGAGGCUGGGCCAGGGAGGUUUUCGUGAGGCGCUAGAAGGUGUUUGGGCAGCAAUCACAGGCGGCGAGCCACAUGGUGUCGAGCUGCAAAAGGUUAUUAUGGGUAAACCAUAUCGGCUUACCUACGAGUUCGCGGAAAAACGCCUCAUUUCGCACCGGCAAUAUCUACUACGCUCUGACGAGCCGGGCAAUCUGAAACGUGUGUACAUGGUUGGUGACAAUCCCGCUAGCGACAUAGCAGGGGGGAAUAACUACGAAAGUCCAUACGGUACAGACUGGGCCAGUGUACUAGUACAAACAGGUGUCUAUGUGGAGGGCACCAAACCGGCUUAUCAGCCGCGGAAGAUCGUAAACGAUGUGUGGGACGCUGUCAUGUGGGCCGCAGCACAGGAGAAGUGGACAACGUAG